UGGUAUCCGUUGGUCUUGCAUCAUGCACCUCACGUUCCUAUCUUUCUACUCGGAUGCAAGUCAGAUAUGAAAGCUGAGCUGUAUCGGAAGUCUCCAACUUUCGUCACCACAGAAGAGGCAAAGAAAGCAGCACUUCAAAUCGGAGCAAUUGAUGCACUCGAAUGCACAGCAAUGCGCGGGGUGGGUAAACAAUCAGUUUACCAACGGUGCCUCUACGGUGAAUCACCCUCUCAACCCACUCAGACCUACCAAUGCUCAUAUAAAAGGACCACUCUUCUACUUGAUUCAUCACCUAUCCUACCAAAUGGACAACUCAAGUCACAUGAUCCGCACCGGUUGCAAACUGCCUUGCAAGAAACGGGUAAGGAUGACGCUAAACCUCAAGAGGAAGAGGCAAAGAAGGCAGCCCAUCAGAUAGGGGCCAUAGAUGCUCUCGAAUGCGCAAUUCAACUGGGAGAUUCCGCCCGCAAGGUCACGUGGGCUUUGAAUGAUCUUCGUCGUUUUUUAAUCUCCGAUAUAACCUUGUUGACUUUUGACCACAUCAAUGGAUUGCUCUAUUGUUCUCAAACUUCUGAGAAUGAACCCGCUCCAUCAGGCAAUGAAAUAAUAGAUGGGCCCCGUCGUGAAGCAAAUGUCAUGGGUUAUCGACGCGACGGAUUCUACUCGGGCACCUCGACUGUGGCGCUUAUCUGGGGCACACUAGAUCCUCUCCUACCCAAUACAAGUUUUGAUAUACCCCUAGGAUGUGAAAACUCAAGACUUUCAGCAAAGUCUCAAAUCUCCAUCCCCAAUACUAUCUAA